UUUUUGGCGCGCGCGCAGCGAUAUUCUCUGCAUCACACGCGGAGUUGAGAACGAAGACGCUUGUUCCUUUUCAGUCGUCCAUUCUACAGCUUUUUACUUGAUAUAGAAGAUGAAAACCUCCUCCCCUAAUUUUUUGCAGCCUAACAUGGGUAAAAAACAGAAUGGCAAAGGAAAGAAGGAGGUUUUGGAAGCAGAUCCACCAGAGGAGUAUGUUGUGGAGAAGGUGAUGGACCAGCGCAUUGUCAACGGGAAGGUGGAAUUCUUCCUCAAGUGGAAAGGUUUUACAGAAGCGGAUAACACUUGGGAGCCUGAGGAGAACCUGGAUUGUCCAGAGUUGAUCUCUGCUUUCCUGGAAGCCCAGAAGAGCGUAGUGGAGAAACCAGACUCUAAUAAAAGGAAGUCUUCAACAGAUGAGCCAGAGACAGAGGAAAAUAAAGCCAAGAAGAAAAAGGAUGUGAGUGACAAGCCACGGGGCUUUGCCAGGAACCUGGCUCCAGAGAGGAUCAUUGGUGCAACAGACAGCAGCGGAGAACUUAUGUUCUUGAUGAAGUGGAAAGACUCGGACGAGGCAGACCUUGUCCCAGCCCGCGAGGCAAACACCCGAUGCCCCCAGGUAGUCAUCUCCUUCUACGAGGAGAGACUCACCUGGCACUCCUGUCCUGAGGAUGAGGCACAAUAGCACCACCUUCCUUGUCCAACUGAUAUCCCUGUACCCCCUCCUCGACCUCCAACCCGUCCCUAUCCUGCCUCUCAGGACUUUUUUUCCAUGUCUCCUCUUGCCCGCAUACUAUUUUUUUUUUUUUUUUAACAUUUACAGUAUGUUUAGCCAUAGUGUUAGUGCAGAGCAUUCAGGAGGAACCCUGUGCUUUUGUACAUAUUUUAGUGAUAGGAUGAUGUUAUUUACUGGGAAAGGGACAGAGGAAGAUUAGGAAAGUCACUUUGUAAAUAUUUUUUUCUAAAAGCUGUUCAGUAAAGGUUUAUAUGUUUCAUUUUACCUCC